GCGCACUCCCAUUUUCGGCCAAAUGAGAACGGUCGGCUGCCUCUGUCGCCCAUCCUUGAUCCGCGCAGACAGAUCGUCCAGCGGACCACCGCCAUCAUCAGGCCCUGCAUACCAGCAUGUCUCUUUGGGUCGACAAGUACAGACCGGUGUCGCUGGACAAGCUGAGCUACCACGAAGCCCUCACGGCACAGCUCAAAAGUCUGGCGGCUUCGGGAGACUUUCCACAUCUGUUGGUAUAUGGUCCUUCUGGAGCGGGCAAGAAGACCCGCAUCGUGGCUGUGCUGAGAGAGCUCUACGGACCCGGUGUUGAGAAGCUCAAGAUCGACGUCCGCAACUUUGCAACUCCCUCUGGACGCAAGCUGGAAAUCAACUUGAUUGCGAGCAACUACCACAUCGAGAUCACCCCCAGCGACGUCGGCAUGUACGAUCGGAUCGUAAUCCAGGACCUGAUCAAGGAGGUAGCGCAGACCCAGCAAGUGGACUCGAGCGCCAAGAGAAAGUUCAAAGUGGUCAUCAUCAACGAGGCCGACACGCUGACCCGAGAAGCCCAGGCCGGCCUGAGACGCACCAUGGAAAAGUACAUGGCCAACCUCAGGGUGAUUUUGUGCUGCAACUCGACCUCCAAGAUCAUUCCGCCGAUCCGAAGUCGCUGUCUACUUGUCCGAGUCGCGGCUCCGAGCAACGAUGCCGUCAUGUCGAUUCUGCAGCAGGUCGCUCUCAAAGAAGGCGUCGAUCUGCCGCAUUCCUUUGCCAACAGGAUAGCCGAGGAGUCGGGCGGCAAUCUUCGCAAAGCGCUUCUGAUGCUGGAAACGGCUCGGGUUGCGAGUUAUCCAUUCACAGAGCGAUCGGAGGUGCUGAAGACCGACUGGGAGUCGUUUAUCCAAGAGCUGGCUCACUCGAUUCUCCAGGAGCAGUCGCCCGCCAGACUCAUGGCGGUGCGGAGCAAGCUCUAUGAUCUGCUGGCACACUGCAUCCCGGCCGAGAUUGUUCUCAAGAAUCUUGCCUUCCAGCUGCUACACAACGUGAGCGAAGAACUGAAGCCCGGAAUCGCCAAGGCUGCUGCAGAAUAUGAACACCGCAUCCAACUCGGCAACAAGCCCAUAUUCCAUCUGGAGGCGUUUGUUGCCAAGUUCAUGAGUAUCUACAAGGGCUAUCUGCUUGAGAUUGGCGCGUGAGCCAGCCAAAGCACAGACCGAGCGAAGAGCACGGAUCGGGCACAUCAUUCCAGCAACGAAAUGCAAUGCCAGGGUUGUGCAAUCUCGAAG